ACUCGUCGUCGAUGCGACAUAUACGCGUGGGUGAUCAGAGGGAACGGCUGUUAUGAAUCCGUCCCCGAUGCGACACAGAUCCAGGCCGGUCACGCGGAAUACAUACGUGCGCGACCUCCCGUUCAAGAAACUGCGUGAGUUGAGUCGUCUGCUCGAUCCAGCGGGAUUUCUCGAUUGGAGAGCAUUGGCUGAACAUAUGCCAGAGUACUCUGCGUUGGAGAUUGGUCUGUUUCAAACGGCCUAUAUGCGGCAGGGAGGAAGUCCCACGAUGGAGCUGCUGCGCGACUGGGGAUCGAGGAAUCGAACUGUUGGCCACCUGGUGGAUCUUUUCAAGGAGAUGAAUCACUCUGAGGCAGCCAAUGCGAUUCUCCCAGGUUCCAUGCCUUCUGUUGUCAAUGAAGUUCCAGGUGUGACUAGAGUCAAUGAUGGUAAUGGCAGUAGCAUGCCGGUUUAUGUUCCUGCUAGCAACCAACCAGCAAGAUCACCUGAAAAUGGUGCUCCUUUGCGCCAUCAUCAUUCAGUUUCAUCAGGAAGCACUUCCAGUGACGAUGUUGCUUGUGUCAAUAGCAUGAGUGAAUCUGCAACUGGUGUAGGGCCACUUCCGACUUCUCCACCAGUUUCACCCUUUCAAAAUCAGCAACAGGUAGCUCCAUCAUUUGAUCCAGCUGGUGUGCCAUCAGUAAUACACACAGAUCAGUCUCUGCUACUCUUUCAACCACCGACUUCUCCACCAUCUGGCAACUUGCAAAUGAAUGUGCGAGUAAUAGAGGACAGGACAACACAAUCUCCACAAUGUUGGCCCGAGAGUGAUACCUCAAUGGCUCCUACUUGUCCAGUGCAAGUUAGUGAUAGUGCAUGCUUUGAGGAUGUUGAACACAGAAGGAGGAUUUUAGCAGAGGCUGCAGAGAGGAGGAUGGAAUCGCUAUCUAUAACAGGGAGUAGAGGCUCUAAUGCAAGCAGUUUACAGCCGGUGAAUGUUGAAUACGAAGUAGUUCGUGCAGCAACGAAUGGGUUUGAUGAACGGCCAUUGGUCGGUGGAGGUAAGAAGUUAGGACAAGGUUCGUUUGGAUCUGUCUAUUACGGCAAACUGGAAAUACGAGGACAGAUGCAUCAAGUUGCAAUCAAGAGAUUACUGAAACAAGAUUUGGAGCAAGGCAAACAGCUAAUGAUCCAGUUUGGGUCAGAAGUUCGUAUCCUAACAUGCAAGGAGCACCCCAAUCUGGUUGUUCUCUUAGGAUACACAGUCAAUGGCUCUGAACCGUGCUUGAUAUAUGAAUACAUGUGUAAUGGAUCGUUGCUGGAUGCUCUUGCUUGCAAGAAUGAGAGGAAGCCACUUCAUUCUGAGAUCAGAGUUUCGAUUGCUGUUGGGUGUGCCAAGGCUUUGUCAUUCUUGCAUGAACAGAAUCCACCUCUUGUGCACAGAGAUGUUAAAAGUGCCAAUGUUCUUUUGGAUGAGGCCUAUACUGCUAAGUUGUCUGACUUUGGAAUUGCUCGUUUCCUUGAUUCUUCUACUAAUUGUGGCACAGAGUGUACAUCGAAAAUUCAAGGAACAAAUGCUUAUCUUGCACCAGAGGCUUCUCGUGGAACAGUCUCAAUAAAAAUGGAUUCAUUUGCACUUUCUGUUGUGUUUCUUGAGUUGCUGACUGGUCUGAAACCUAUGGAUGCAAGCAGAGAGAGUCAGGAUCUUAAGUCGCACAUUGAAGAUGAAAUAGAAAAAGGUGACAAGGUUAGAUUACUAGACAAGACAGCACAGUGGGAAGAGCACAUCGCAUUGCGUUUGUGGGAAGUGUCAGAUGAAUUGUCAGUUGAUAAGAAGAACAAGCGGAAGUCAGUGUCUGAAGUAUUGCCGCAACUUCUAACGCUGCUGAAUGUACAGUGAUUGAAUAAUUUUAAAUGUAGUUAAAAAUUUACAAAUAGUUUUAAAGUUAGCUUGACAUUUACAAAUAGCAAAAACUGUGGAGUGA